CCUUUAAUAGGAUUCUUUCACUUGCAGUGAUUCAGUACAUCUUCUGUACAUGCUGGAGAACACCUGGAUUGAUGCAAAAUUCAUCCUUCAGAUCAUGUGUGAGCUGAAUGUUCUUCCCCUGGCCUUACAAAUCACAAAUAUUGCAGGCAAUGUCAUGUCAAGGACAUUAAUGGGUGGACGCUCAGAAAGAAACGAGUACCUACUGCUUCACGCCUUCACAGAAAAUAACUUCAUAGUGCCAGACAAACCAGUGUUCAAGAAAAUGCAGCAGACCACUGUGGAGGACAAUGAUGAAAUGGGCACGGAUCAAAAUAAAAAUAAGAGUCGAAAGAAAGCUGCCUAUGCUGGAGGAUUGGUCCUGGAACCCAAAGUGGGUUUCUAUGACAAAUUCAUCUUGCUUCUCGAUUUCAACAGUUUGUACCCCUCCAUCAUUCAGGAAUACAAUAUCUGCUUUACUACAGUGCACAGAGAGGCUCCCUCAACACAGAAAUGCCAGCUGUUAUUUGAACAAUUUCUGGAUCUGGAGCAUCAACACUAAGAUGCCAAUUUGCUGACCUGAAUUUAUGCUGCAUGGGAGCAUCUGUAUCACCUAAAGGAGAG